UCUCUUGAUCGCGCGUAAGCUUUGCAGGCCUGGAGGAAGAUGGAACAUUGCUUUCAUUCAAAGCCAUUUAUGAUCUCCAACGAAAAAGAAGCAAGCCACGCGAUUUCAACCGCUGCUGCGGUCCUUGGCGUGGAGCUCGAUGGUUGCUCGCGACCACCUGAGGUUAUAAAAAUGAUCCAGGAGAAUGCUUGAUCGAUCCUCUCCUCUCUCCUCUCUCCUCUCCUAGCAGUUCUUCUCCGACUUUGAGCUCUCAAGUUCUUCUUGCGAGAAUGGGGAGAAUGGUAUUGAAACUCCUCUUCUUGAUCCUCCCAGCGAUCGCGCUAGCCCAAAGAAACACAAUGUUCUUCCCAGAAUUUAGCUAUUACAAGGGAGGAGGAGGAGGCGGCGGCGGCUCUCCCUCAUAUGGUGGCGGCAGUGGCGGUGGCUCCUCUCCAUAUGGAGGUGGCGGCAGUGGCGGUGGCUCCUCUCCAUAUGGAGGUGGCGGCAGUGGCGGUGGCUCCUCUCCAUAUGGAGGCGGCGGCAGUGGCGGUGGCUCCUCUCCAUAUGGAGGUGGCGGCAGUGGCGGUGGCUCCUCUCCAUAUGGAGGCGGCGGCGGCGGUGGCUCCUCUCCCUAUGGAGGCUCCGGAGGUGGUAGUCCAUCCGGUGGAGGCUACGGAGGAAAUGGUGGUGGUGGAUACGGCGGUGGCUCGUCCCCGUACGGUGGUGGCUCUGGCUCGAAUGGAGGCUACGGUGGUGGUGGUGGCGGCGACAAUGGCGGAGGCUACGGUGGCAGCAGCGGUGGCAACAGCGGCGGAAGCGGGUAUGGCGGCGGGAGUAGCGGCGGUAGCGGCUAUGGUGGCAACAGUGGCGGUGGAUACGGUCCCAGCGGCGGUGGUGGCGGAUAUGGCGGCGGCAGCGGCGGCAGCGGCGGCUAUGGUGGUAGCAGCGGCAGUGGCAGCUCGGGUGGCUGCUCAAUCAACUUCUGGAAAGACCAUGUGGAUGCAUGGCCGGACGUGCUCAACGUGUACAGCACAAUAUCCCAGGCGUUUGGACAGGUUCCACAGAUGAUGGACGGCAAGCAAUCGCUCCUGUCGGCCCUGGAGGUGCGGGGGAACGACCCCUACAGCUCGCUCCUCCGCCAGGGCACUGCCGCGCUCCUCAACUCGUACGCGCGCAAGCACUUCCCCUACUCGCCUGACGCGGUGAGGGCCACCUUCGGCAAGGCGCUGGCGAGCAAGGAGGCGGCGGCAGUCCAGGCAACCAAGUUUGAGCGCGCAAAUGGCAGCGGCUAUGGAACCAACACCUUUUGCUUCUAAAAGAUAUAAUCUGUAUGCAAUAAUAUGAUUUAUGGAUAUUAACUUUGUGAUCCCACGAAUGCCUCCUGGGAUUGCCGUA